UCUCGUGAUCGUUAUCUAGUUGGUAAUAAUAGGUUAGUUUGACAUCGCGUUCGAAGUGUGUAGAUACGUAAGAUACGCGUAGUAAUAAAAUAUUUUUUCUCUAGCGAAUGCAACUUUCACCGACAUUGUCACUGUAAUUCUUGAUGCUAUCGUCUCAUUAAUGUAAUAGAAGGAUUUAGAGCUGUGUUUAACAUUCAAGGUUAAUUAAGAUAUUGGACAAAAUCAGAAUAUUGUUAAAAUGAUGGACGUUGAUCCACCACAGUUUGUGUCUAAGGAUGAUGAAGUUCAAUAUUGGAUGGAACUUGCUCACCAGAUACAUAGAAGGAAAGAGGAUAUAGAAAGAGAGUUGGAGGAAUUUCAAGAAAAUUCACAGCUCUUAGAAAAAGAACUGGAAGCAUCCUUGGAACAAGCAGAAAAGAAUAACAGGGAAUUACGACAACGAAACACAAGACUAGCCACUGAAGUUGAACAAUUAAGAACAAGAUUAGAUCAACAAACAGCAGACUGUGCAAUGUUUCAAGGGAAAGCUCAGGACUUACAGACUCAACAUGACCAUUUAUUAAAGUACAUAAGGGAAUUAGAACAAAAAAAUGACGACUUGGAAAGAGCUCAUAGAAUAAAUAGGGUAACAGAAGAGGAGAUAGAAGCCAAACUUAAUUCUGCCAUUGAAAAGAAUGCUUUGUUAGAAUCAGAACUUGACGAAAAGGAAGCUCUGAAAGUUAUAGUACAGAGAUUAAUGGAUGAAAUUAGAGAUUUAAAACAGGAAAUCCAAGUUCAAGAAAGGCAUCAACCAGACAAUGAUAAGUCAGCUGAUAGAGUUCGUAAUCAUGUUGAUAGUAAUAAACUUCAAGUCGAAUUGGAAACACAUAUGUCGCCUAGUAGCCCAAUAGUACCACAAUCUAUACCUCCAAAUAAUACAGCAACUUCGCCAUUAAAAAUUGGAAACAGAGUUGUAGGUGGUGUAACUGGAAACAACAAUAAUAAUAAUAAUAAUAAUAAUAACGUGAAUUCGCCAUUGGCACCAUGCACAAGAAUAUUAGCAAUGAAUAUGAUUGGUGACCUUAUGAGAAAAGUUGGUGCGUUGGAGAAUAAGUUAAAUACAUGUCAAAAUCCAUCUCGAGAGGAUCAAGCCGUUCGUGAUCUUUACAGGACUAGACGGCAAGUUCGAGGUUUUGCCUCUGGCAACAGCAACCACAUUCGAUUAUAAACAACGGAUAAUAUUCCAAUAAUAAAUUUAUGCAUUAUAUUCGUAUGACUACUAAUUCGUGUUAUUUUAAUUUAAAAAAAAUCUCACUCGUUAAUUUAUUACAAAUUUCUAUAAGAUACAAAGAAAACUAUUUAAUUUAAUUAUUUAAUUGCCUUUUACAUGAAGUUUGCAAUUUUUGAGGAUUACUUGUCUCUUUUUCAUCACGGUUCAGAAGUAUACUUGGUAAUAUUUUAUGGAGGAAAUUCGUAAAUAAACAUUCGAGAUUGUAAGUAUUAAUAUCAUAAUUUAAUAAAAUUCAUCAUUGUGAUAAGUGAUAAUUCUAGAUAAUUAUUACCAUUACAUUGUGUAGAUAUUCACAAAUAAUAUUAAGGGAGAACACCAGUUAUCUUUCAGAUAAAAUUUUGCAAUUUGGAAAAGAUUUUUAUCAAAAGAUUAUCAUAUAAAAUUUAUAUUUGUUUUUUUAUUACUUCAUAAACAGACUAUAAGAAAUUUUAGUUUGAAAAAUUCUUUUUGUCAGAAUUACUAACAUUUCAUUGUAACAGUAACCAGAAAAAACUACCUGUUCUGUAUAUUGUGUAUUUUUAGAUCCAUUAUUUUUGUUAUUAUGUAUUUUGUAUUAUUAUGUUUACAUAUUCGUAUCUUGCCAAUGCCUUCAACUUAUAUCUGAAUAUGUGUCUUUUAUGAAAAUAUUUAAAUUUUCCAAUUAUGCAACUUUCUUAAAUGUAAUCUGUUCCUUAUCAUAAAAAUAAUGUUCUAGUUGUUGAAAAUAGAUGUAUAUGUUUAUAAAAUUUUAUCUGAAAAAUAACUGGCAAUCAAAUUUUGCCUAAGUAUCUUCCUUUAAAUAAAUAAUUUGUAAGCUCUAGUUUUGAAUGUAUAGUUUCUAGCACAAUUAAAACUUCAGCUAUGUUAGAAAUGAUAUUGUAACACUAGUGCAAAAUUUAGCUUUUAUAGGAAGUUAGAUAUUUAUAUAUAUAUAUAUAUUUAGGUACUUAUAUACAUAUGUCUAUUUUUUAAUAACAAAAAGAUAUCCUCUUAUGUCGUAAAAUAAUUCAAUUUUAUACUUUAAAAUGUGUAAAAGCUAUUUAAUUAUUUAUUUCUGUAUAAUUGUGUGCUUUAAGCCACUGUAUAAUUAUAAAUAGCUUCAAGUUCUGAGAUAUUUGUAUGAAGUAGAAUCAUACUAACACAACUAAAAAUUUAACACAUUCGAUUAUACUAUCGGGUGAAUCGAAAAUUAUUAAUUUGUAGAUUUCGCUUAAUAUAUAAAAUAAAAUUUGAAAAAUGGAAUAUUAUAUUCAAAUACAACAAAUAUUACCAAUUUGCGCUAAUUAACUGGGAACUGAACUUUCGAAUGAGAAAUUGUAACAAAUUACGCAAUAUUUGUAAUAUAAAUUUGUAAAAGUAUAAAAUGAAAUAUUUGUAAAAUAAAAACAUUGUAAACUAUCUCUCAA